AUGGUUGCAGAACCUUGGAUUGUAAAGAUGGGUAACCAAGUAAGUUCAAAUCUCAAGCAUGCUCUUCUUCUUGAAACUUUAACAAAGAAAAAACAUAGUCAAAAAAGGUUAGAAAACAAAGAAACCAUAGGGAUUCUUUCUUUUGAAGUAGCAAAUGUGAUGUCAAAAACCGUGCACCUUCACAAGUCACUUUCAGAGUCUGAGAUCUCAAAGCUUAAAAAUGAGAUCUUGAACACUGAGGGUGUUAGGAAUUUGGUUUCAUCUGAUGAGGGUUAUCUUCUUGAGCUUGCUUUAGCAGAGAAGCUUGAAGAGUUGAACCGUGUUGCUAGUGUUGUUUCCAGGUUAGGGAAGAAGUGUUGUGAGCCAGCUUUACAAGGGUUUGAGCAUGUUUAUGGUGACAUUGUUAGUGGUGUUAUAGAUGUGAAGGAAUUGGGGUUUUUAGUUAAGCAUAUGGAGGGAAUGGUGAGGAAAAUGGAUAGGUAUGUUAAUGUUACUAUGAAUUUGUAUAGUGAAAUGGAGGUUUUGAGUGAGUUGGAACAAGGUGUUAAGAAGUUUCAGAAUAAUCAGCAUGUGGAGAGUAAGAAAGCUUUUGAGCAGAAACUUAUAUGGCAGAAGCAAGAUGUGAGACAUCUUAAGGAUGUUUCUCUUUGGAAUCAAACGUUUGAUAAGGUUGUUGAGUUGUUGGCUCGGACGGUUUGUACUAUUUACGCUAGAAUUUCUUUGAUCUUCGGCGAAACUGCUUUGAGGAAGAAUAGUUUUGGAUCACCGGUUAUGCAGAAUGAAUGUGGGUUUGUUUCGGGUAAUCUGAACGUUCAGAUGAAUUCCGGGAGGUUGAAACGCAACACGAGCAAGAGAAACGGUUCGACUGCAAAUGUGUCUGCGGUUGAGAGAAGGGGAACUUCUACUAGUAAGCCGCGGUGUGAAAUGAGGAGAGGUGAAUUUGCGUCUCUUGGGCCUGAAGAUUUUGGUUUUCCGUGUGGAACAAGUCCGGGGAAACUUUUUAUGGAGUGUCUAAGUUUGAGUAGCUCGGUUGGAAAAUUCGAUGAUGUCGAUGAUAGUUAUGAGGAUCAAUACAGUCAUGUAUCGAGUAGUCACAGCGGUGUAAUUGCGAAUCAUAGCAUGAAAAAGGAGCAUUUGUUCCAUUCCGGUGCUCUAAGUCAUGUUCAAAGCAGCGUUUCGUUCACCGGAGAAUUACGACAAGCUAAAUCCGGUGUACAAAGUUGCUCGACAUUUAGUCCGAAAAGUAGGUUAGCCUUUUACGCUCCUCCUACGACACUCGGAGGCUCGGCUCUUGCAUUACACUAUGCCAAUGUCAUAAUUGUACUCGAGAAGCUUCUUCGCUACCCGCAUUUAGUCGGCGAGGAAGCCAGAGAUGAUUUAUACCAGAUGCUACCCACAAGCGUAAGGCUAUCUCUUAAGACGAAACUGAAGUCAUACGCCAAGGAUAUGGCGAUAUACGACGCGCCUCUUGCGCAUGACUGGAAGGAGAAUCUCGACGGGAUACUUCGGUGGCUUGCACCUCUCGCGCAUAACAUGAUGAGAUGGCAGAGCGAGCGAAACUUUGAGCAGCAUCAGAUUGUUAGCCGGACAAACGUUCUGUUACUUCAAACAUUAUAUUUCGCCGACCGUGAAAAGACCGAGGAAUCGAUCUGCGACCUUCUUGUCGGGUUGAACUAUAUAUGCCGAUACGAACAACAGCAAAAUGCAUUGUUGGAUUGUGCAAGCAGUUUUGAUUUUGAAGAUUGUAUGGAGUGGCAAUUGCAAUGUGGAGCUUCUUUUCUCAACUGA